AUGGCAACGCCUCACAACCCUGACGACGACAUGACUCUCGUGGAUGAGGACCUCCACCUCGACGGUGAGGAUCUCCACCUCGAGGAGCUCCCUAAUGUUAACCUCCCCGAGCUCCCCACAAGCGACAACGCCCCGGCUACCAAAAAGGCCUGCUUCGAAGGCCCUUCUUCCAUGCCUGGCUCCUUGGCGUCGUCAUCUGGCAUCCCCACGCCUGCUGCAUCUGACUAUGCUGCCCCCCACCCGGGCCCCUCUUCUGCCCCCACCCCUCUCUCCGCCAGCGCCCUUGCUGCCCCGACGGCUGGCGUCCCUCUGGGGGCCGUCAACCUUCAUACGGCCCCGCCCUCCGACGCGGCGCCCCUCCGCAACCUCCGCCGCCCGAGGCCCGGGGCCUCUGGCCUAAUGAUGCCUCGUUGCCGCCUCGCGGUGGUCACCCUCCUGAUGACCGAAGCAGGGGCGGAAACUAUCCGCGCGGACCUCAUCGCGCGCAUCUCCUCUAUGCUGAAGCCGCACUUCUUCCGCUGUGGUUCCAUUCUGGAGUUUGAAGCUGCCACUGGCGACCUCCUCCGCGUCCCGCGCCGCUCGUACGCGCAGCUCUCCUUCACCUGGCCUUCGGAGGAAAACGCCGAGAAUUUCAAAUGCCUUUUUCCCCGCCCUAUCUCUCUGAACUCCUCACGCUCUGUGCUUUUGAAGGUCUUCGAGGAUCGCUUCCCGGACUUCAUGGCAGCCAAGGCUGCAAGGGCUGCUACUCCUUCACUCAGGAAUGUCCCCGCGGGAUACACCCCUGACGACACUCGUGACUUUGUGCUUCACCAGGUUGACCCGGCAGAUUUUGCAUGGCUUGCCGAGCUGCGUUUCUUCCACCGCACCAUGGACCCUUACGAGGAGGUCUACCUCCCAGUUUUUUCUGGGAUCCCCCUUUCCCCCCCGGAUGACCCCUCCUUCUCCUGCAUUCCUGCUGUCAUCCCCCUCAAGGAUGAAUCCGAUCCCGCUCUGCUCAACAUCUCCUCUCACAAAAUUGGCACUUUCUUCUCGCACACCUGCUCCUCACUACAGCACAUCCACCUCCCCUCUCUCCUAUACCACACCCCUCUGUCCACUCUCUCCCUCCCCCCCCCUCCCCCCCGGGACUAUCCACACUUUGCUCUCUGUCCUCCCCCCCUCGCUGCUUCACCCUUUCCCCCCCUCAGGCCAAAUCCUUGGGGCGCGCUCUGCCCCCACUGCCUUCCGCAAGGACCCGGGCCUUCUCUUCAUUGGGAUCGACGAAUACGUUGA